GUUAAAAAAAGGCAAAAAUUCUGCAGCAAGUAGAAAAUCACUAUUAGACUCUCUCAAAGAGUAUUGGCAGAAUGUUACUUAAACAAUUUAAAAGUUGUAGCAACAGUGUGUGACAUGGAUGGAGUAAAUGUAAGAGCCAUAAAUUCCCUAGGGUCCACACUAGGGACACCUUAUUUUCAACUUCAAGGAAAUGAAAUUGUGACUAUUAUGGAUCCCCCACAUCUCCUCAAGUGUUUUAGGAACAACUUUUUAAAACACAAUAUUGAAUGUCCAGAAAAUUUUUCAAUACAUGGAACAACAGGACUGGCAAAAUGGAAGCAUAUCCAAGACUUUUUUAAAGUGGACAAUAAAAAUCCCAAUUUCGUAUUAGCACCUGCACUCACAGAACAACAUAUUAAUCCAAAUGGGAAGCAAAAAAUGAAAGUGAAGUUAGCAGCACAAGUUUUAAGUCAUUCGGUUGCUGCAGGAUUGUUUGCUAAAGUGUCUUCAAAUCACAUUUCCCCUGAUGUUGUAGUUACAGCAACACUCAUCAGCAAAAUAGAUUCUAUUUUUGAUGCAUUAAAUGCUGAAAGUCCAGAUUUAAAAAGAGGGAAGAAAUUUUCAUCAAAUCUCAGUAAAUCAAGUGGACAUUUAGAGCUAUUCUCAGAAUUAAAAACAUUUUUUAAGAAUGUUAAAUUUAUUGGGGCUUGUGUGUACCCCUCCUUCGGCCAAUGGGUGGAUACGAACAAUUGGGGCUGUAGAAAGGCUUUGGCAUAAUUUGCAAAAAUUAAAAAUACUGGCAAUUUCUACCCGAAGACUAAACCAAGACCCUUUAGAAAAUCUCUUUGGUUGUAUACGGGGCCACUGUGGUUCCAAUCCUAACCCAAAUGUGCAAUAAUUUAUUGCUGGUUUGAAAACCAGCAUUGUAAAUAGUUUAAAAUAUAAAUGUAAUAGUAAAAAUUGUGAAGAUGAUGCUAACACA